CCCUUUCUGUAUCAUAAGGUUACCCAGUAACGGAUGCUCACUCUGCUCGUCAGGACAGCCCCAGCCCCGUAUACCGGAGCUCACCCCCCGAGCCGGCAGGGGCUCCCAGCGAGGAGAUGAUGGCCCAUCUUUUCUGGGGGCAGGACGAGCUUUUCUACACGACGGACAGAUUCAGCAACACCUCCUAGAGCGGAGCCUCCAGCCGCGGAGCAGAGCGACAGCUCAGCAGGGCUCCUCCUCGCUAUUUAUAGCGGCCGGGAACAGCGAGGACCCGGCCCAGCUUCCGCCGCUGCCCCCGCCCGAGAAGGCAGCUCGGCUGCGGUGACAGCGGGAUUGGCGCUGCAGGUAGAUGCUCUGUGCACAUCCCGAACCUCUCCUCCACCGUGCCUUGCACUGAGCCUGCCCAGCGAGAGGGGCAUGUCCUGACCUUGGGCUCUGAGAUGGCAGCCAUCGAGAGCUUUAGUUCCACCCACCCUGGUGACCCUGAGCCUGGGGACCUGAUCGAGAUCUUCCGGCCAGCUUACCAGCACUGGGCCCUCUACCUGGGAGAUGGGUAUGUCAUCAACGUGACGCCUGUAGAUGAAGGCCCCCCAGCCACAUUCUCCAGUGCAAAGUCAGUGUUCAGCAGGAAGGCCCGGGUGAGGAUGCAGCUCCUGAAGGAUGUGGUGGGAAACGAUACCUACCAUGUCAACAACAAGUAUGACGGCACCUAUGCUCCCCUCCCAGUGGAGGAGAUCAUCCGGCGCGCUGAGUACCUCAUUGACCAGGAGGUGUCUUAUGACCUGCUCAGCAACAACUGUGAGCACUUUGUGACGCUGCUCCGCUAUGGUGAGGGUGUCUCUAGCCAGGCCAACAGAGCAAUCAGUGCCAUCGGGUUUGUGACAGCUGCUGCCGGUGCCUUCUCCUUGUUGGGCUUACUUCGGAGCAGAUCCAGAGAGAGACAGUAUUGAUGGGCCAUCAGGAUGAGCUCAGAGCAGGGUAGAGAGGCCCUGGCUGGGUUACUUGGGACAGUUUGUGGCCACAGCUGCCACUGAGAUUUACUAACAACUGUGUACCCCUUGCUGAGAGCAGCACUAGUGUGUUUUCCACAUCAGCUUUUAUUUCAUUGCCUGUGAUGAUUUUUGCAGUGGUCUGGGAGUGUCUGCAAGCAAAUUCUCCAUCCUCAUGCACCCAGUGCUCUGCUGGGGACUGGUGCAGGCUUUCUAUGCACAUCAUAGAAUCAUAGAAUAGUUAGGGUUGGAAAGGACCUUAAGAUCAUCUAGUUCCAACAUCCUGGUUUUAUUAUCUACAUCCUGCUGUCUUUUUCUGUGAAUAACUUGUUUUAACCUUAACAUUUUCACUUUGUUUUUUUGUUUGGGGUGUUUUGUUUUUUAAUUAAAACUAAUGUAAAAGUACUGCUGAGGGUUUACUGUGUGCCUCCAGCUAAAGGCCUGUGCAAGUGGAAAACCCCAGGUUCUCAGGCCUGCGAAAGGUUGGACAAAGCAUGCACUGUGUUUUGGAGCCUGCAUGCACUGCCUACAUGGAGCUGUUCCUGAGGCAGAAAGGAAGGGCUGGUCUUACAAGUUAUAUCCUUCAGUGUUUUAAAUGAGUGUGCUAUUUUUUCAUGAUGGUGUUGUGGUCAAUUUUCUCCUGCCUGGAAACAAUCCCUUUCACUGGCUUCUGUGCCUCCCUUUGGCAGCAGCAAACCCCCAGUUUGGUGGGGGGAUGGUGGUGUGGUCUAGCAAAAAAACAGGUUUUUCACUGUUUGUUCCAGAUUGGGGCUGCUGUGCCACUGAAAUGGUUCAUCACUGUAAGUGCAGUAAUUGUUUGCACUGUAGCUUACCAGGCUUACUAAAUGAUAUUUAAGGUCUCUUCUAACCCAAACCAUUCUAUGAUUCUACUCCUUGGGCUGCCAAAGCACUGAGGUUUAAAGAUCACAACAGAUUGCAAGGGAGUCUUUGCCCUGUGGUGCUGUGGGUGAUGUACCUGGAGAAUGAGCUAUGCAGCACCUAUGCUCCAUUUCCCUGUGUACAGAACCCUGCUAUUUGCUUGUUGCAAUGUUAUUUACAGAUGGCAUGUAAGAAAUAAAGUCCUGUGUGGCUUUUGCCACAGACAACUGCCUGGACUGUAAGAAGAGAUGACAGCAAAAGAGCUGUUUGUAAGAGGCUUGCAGGUUUUUGUCUGCUCUUAAUGCGUUCAUAAAGGGAUCAGAAGGUUUAUUUUAAACAUCAGUUGUUUCAGUGUUUGAAAUGACAAAACCAAGACUUCUGGUCAUACUCUGUAGUGCCCUCUGUUAUUACAUUUAAAUAAAGUUAUU